AUGGCGAGAAAAAGCGAUGCAGCCCCCGGGGUGAUCAUGAGGGGUGCAAGUUCCCAGCAGAUAUAAUAAAAUCAUGUGCGUAGGAGUUGUCGGAAAAAGUUAGAAAUAUGAUGAUGAGCUUGGUUCGAAGUCCGCAGAGCAUGAAGACAUCUACCCCUGACUGCCACUGCUGCCACUCGAGGACUGAGGCCGACUACGACGCUGGCCAGCCACCUGGAUCCAGAGCUAGAGCUAGACUGGUAGGAACAGGAAAAAGCAGCAGUCCGCGCAGCGAAUGGUGCAGGCUUUGCGAUGAGAUAUGCAUGUGUGUGGAUAAUGUUCCUCGCUGUACCAGCCCAGCCCACCACGGCGCAAGUUUGCAGAGCCUCUCUAAAGCGGAAAUUAAUUCUCGGCUCGUCUCGGCCAACCGGGGUCGGAGCUUUAGAAUCUCUGGCGAGCUUGCCUAGAGCAUGACUUGCAGGAUUAUUCUGCCCAGGGCCUAGUCAUGCAGCACGUAGUAACUACGGACAUGGCGGGCAGGC